CGAAGGGCGCCCGUGUGGGGAUCUUCAAUGCCGAGGACUUCUUGUCGCGUGCUCAGAUGAACGACAAAAUCAACAACAUCUUGCGCUCGCCCACCAAGCCGCCCAACGGGGUACGCCAGCGCUCCGGCUACACCAACAACCCAUCGCCGCAAGCAAGCUUGCGUGUCGGCAUGACUGGGGGGCAGCUGUCCCAACGCAUGAGCAACAUCUCGCUGUCCUCCGGCAUGGACUCCGUGGGCCACAUGGAUCGCGGCAGCAGCUCCAGUCUCGCUAGCAGCGCCACCUUUGGCACCAACACCAUCACCAGCGGCAUUUCCAAGGAGUGCGCCAAUUACCCCGUCGGCAGUCAGUCGGCCCGUCCAUACGUCCAACUGCCGGGCAUACACAUUUCCAACCCUCCCCAGUACGGGCCAGGGAAUAUGAAGGAAAUAGACGCUGGCAAAAUGGCGCACAACGGCAAGGCACUCACAGGGCGCUACAAUGCCACGCCCACCUAUGGCUUCGACAACGAGCAGAACUACUGCCAGUUGCCGUCUCCAAUGCCCCUCCACCAUACGCCUUGGCACGCGUGAGCAGCACACGCAACUUCGAGCUCGAGAACCACACACCGCCGGCAUGUCCCGGCUCUGGACCCAUUGCCAUGACAAACGGCACCAUCCAGUUGCGCCUCCGCGAUGGCGUGCGCAUUGACAUGACUCUGGACAAGGCGGUGCGCGUGCUCAAUCAGCGCAGCAAUCAGUUGCUCUAUCACGCAACUGCAGCAACUCGGCUUUGAU